AUGGCGUCGUACAAUCGCCCCUCCGGCCCCGCCUACACGAGCGCGUACGACCCGGACGAGCUCGACUACGGCGAGGACGAACUCGUGAUGGACGUCGGAGCGGAGCAAGCCCCUCUCAGCGGGUCCGAGGUCUCUCCGGAGCCUCUACUGGGUGAGCGAGAGGCGUCUGUCGCGGCAAUGGAGGUGGAAGACGAGGAGGGAAGCUCGUCGCGCGAGGAGGGCGAAGUCGAAGAGGACGACCACGGACGCCGCUCAGACUCGGAGACGCUCCAAGCCCCGUCGCAUGCUUCGUCACGCUUGCAGUCCGGCCAGCAAAGCUCACACAGCUCGUACAGCUACGAGGCGCCGCCUCGAUGGGUCAGUACGCUCGCGCCGGAGCUGGGCCAAGGACCAUCGUCAGCGCCGUCGACGAACACUUUCCGACGGAGAUCAGCAGACGAAAGGCCGGUCCGAAGCCCGAGUUGGGAGGGCAAGAAACCCAAGUCGGCGCCGUAUGAUCGCUCGUUCGCUCAGUCCGGUCGCUCGGCUCGACGCAACGACCAGCUUCACUCGCAUGUCCGGUCGACCGCGCACUCGAGCACUCCGUCGAGCCGCCCGCCUCUUCCGCCUCGACGUCGCAACACCUUCUCUGAGCCGCAGUCGCCUACUCGUUCGUCAAUGCGCGAAGCGUACUCUGGCAGAUCCGCCUUCGGACCCGGCGGACGAGCGCCAAUGGGACCGUCUUCCUUGCCUACUCCGACCGCAUCGCCCGUCCGAGCAGCUCAGGAUCAGCCAUCGCUUCUCUCCCGCAUCGACUUUCAAGCCGGCGAAGCUGCUCGUGCCCGGUCGGAUCAGCUUGCGAAACCUUCCCAAGCUCGCUUCGUUCCGGCUCAGGACGUUCCUUCGCCUACGACGACGAGUGGCCCAACAGGGUGGCCAGCGCGAGAUGCCCCAGGACCUUCGAGUGCACCUUACCCGCCCUACUACCCCUCGUCGCAUCCGCCUCCUCCUCACGCUCCUUACCCACCUCACCCGUCAAGUUACCCUCCGCCCUCUCACGGCUACUACCCUCCGCACUACCAUUAUCCUCCUUACAGCUCUUCUGCGAACACCUACGCCGGCGCUGCGAUCCCUCAAUAUCCGCCCGCCUACUCGUCGCCUCCUUCGCACCCGUCCUACGCGCCGCUUCCACCUCUUCAUCCUCAGCCUCACCGCAUGGCAGUCAUGGCUUCGACUUCGGCCGCUCAGCAGUCUUCGGCAGCACAGGCUCAGCCGCAGCGCGAGGCGGAGACGACGGCUGUCCCGAUGAGGAUGGGCGCGCGGUCGGAGAAGAAGUUGACGGGGCGGCAGCGGGCCCGGAGGAAGCAGCUCAAGGAGCAGGAGGAGGCUCGCAUGCACGAGUGA